GGCAGGGAAACUGGGAGCAGGACCGUUAAAAACAGAAUGCUUUUCGAAAGUUCUAGCUAACCGACGGCAGGAUUAGCGAGCUGCUAGUUAUGCCAGUGCUUUGUAUUUAUCAUGUAGCUAAUGCUAUGUGGUAGCUAGCUAGCUGAGCACCCAGCCGGGGUGUAAGUUAGCUAGCCAGACGCUGAAUGUGUAGCGCUAUAGCACAGAUAGCUAACGCAUGCUAUUAGCUAGCUAGCUGCCCGGCUAGCGUAGUUAGGUACGACAUGGAGACAAAUGUGCAGAAAAAGCGUGAAAAUAAGAAGUCCCUGCGGGUGAAAGUCAUCAGUUUAGGUAACGCAGAGGUGGGGAAGAGCUGCAUCAUUAAACGCUACUGCGAGAAGAGGUUCGUAUCCAAAUAUCUGGCUACGAUCGGAAUUGACUAUGGAGUUACGAAAGUUCAAGUGCGGGACAGAGAGAUCAAAGUCAAUAUUUUUGACAUGGCGGGUCACCCCUUCUUCUAUGAGGUUCGAAACGAGUUCUACAAGGACUCUCAGGGGGUGAUCCUCGUGUACGACGUGGGGCAGAAGGAGAGUUUUGAUGCCCUGGACAGCUGGCUGACCGAGAUGAAGCAGGAGAUGGGCUCUCAGGCCAACAUGGAGAGCAUCAUCUUCAUCGUGUGUGCCAACAAGGUGGAUCUGACGAAGAGGAGGGUGGUGGAUGAGAGCGAAGGUCGGCUGUGGGCGGAGAGCAGGGGCUUCCACUACUUCGAGACGUCGGCGCAGAGCGGAGAGGGCAUCAACGAGAUGUUCCAGGCCUUCUUCUCCUCCAUCACAGACAUGUGUGAGAACGGCGGCCGGCGGCCGGUGUCAGAGGUCAAUGUCGGCUUCACCCGGGAGCAGGCCGACACCAUCCGCAGGAUCCGCAACAGCAAGGACAGCUGGGAUAUGCUGGGGGUCAAACCGGGAGCCACCAGGGAGGAGGUGAACAAGGCCUACAGAAAGCUGGCAGUGCUGCUGCACCCCGACAAGUGUGUGGCCCCAGGAAGCGAGGACGCCUUCAAGGCCGUGGUGAACGCUCGCACGUCUCUGCUGAAGAACAUCAAGUAGGAGAGGAGGUCUCCUCUCCAUCUCUCCCACCGCCUCCUCACAGCCGGAGAGAAGAGCUGCACGGCUCCCCGCAGGGGGAGAGAGGGGGUGUCUCUCUCUCCCGCCCUGCUCUCACGUGCCACACUGCUACGCUGUUUACAUCACGCCAGGGAAAUUACUCACACUUUUUUGUCGCUCAUGAAUAUUUUGU